CUUGCACGUAGGGCCGGCCCUGCACCCCACGCAGGGAGGGAGGAGAGGAACCCAGAACAAUGGUGUCCAAGCUCUUAUAUAGACUUUUGAAAUUGCCUCCUUUGUAGCUCAAUACCACCCCCCCCAAAAAAAAUCAUACAGAAAGAGGUGUUCCCCAGCAGAAAUUUGAGAGUGUUGCUUGUCUGCCAGGAUACCAGAUAAUGCCUUAUCUGAUUGCCUUUUCUGGGUAGCCUGGCCAUUCCUUGGAGAUGGUAAAUACAGUCAUACGGUACCUCGUGUUGCGUGAGGUUCAUGUUGCGUCUUUUCGGCUUGAGAACGUGGCAAACCCGGAAGUGUUUCGCCGCAUGCGCACACGCAGAAGCGUUCUGUGCUUAUGCAGAAGCACCGCUCUAGUUGCGGACUUUUUGGGGUGAAAAUGAAUCCCGGAAUGGAUCGUGUCCACAACUAGAGGUACAACUGUACUUAGUUCCUGAAUCUCUUACGCAUCUUGAGAGUGUGCUCAGCUUCACAGAUACCUGCCAGACUGUAUUUGCAGGGAGAGGUAAGCCCCUACAGGCCAAAAACCAUUGCAAAGCUUUCCCCAUUUCCUUCCUCCUUGCAGAUAAAUAUUUGAGGUCAAUUUGGGAGAGUCAAAAUGGCUUCAGGAUUGUUCUCCAGUACUAUUUCAGAAACGUGGUUUAUGCACUUAUGUAUGUGUUUGCCUUGUACAUUUAUGAACAUUUAUUAUAUAUAUAUAAGACCUUCGAACUCCUAUAACACCCUCUUGUUAUGAGCAAAGGUUUUUGGAUUGUAGCUCAGGCGUAGGCUGGUCUGCCUUCUGCUAGAAGCUGCUAACUCUUGGAAUCGCCCCAAAUUUCUGUUUGGUCUGUUUGUUUAUUCGGCCUCAAAAGUCCACCCCAGUUUUACUGCCUGCGUACGUAAUGUGGAAGGCUGGGACAAGGUGGCAAAUCGAGGGAGGGAAGGAAUCCCGAUAGUCCUGGCUACCUGGCCCUUGCAGUAAGAGCAGCACCUGGCCAGGUGGAGGAAAAGCAGGAGGCAAGGGUGGAGGUUUCAGGUGUGCUGCCGUGCCUGGAUCAGUGGCUUACCUGGAGAGAGCAACAGGGAUGCAGCAGCUUCUGCAACAGAUCUGGGGACCCUUUUGCAGCCCGAGGGUCGCAUUCCCCCAUGCAAAAGCUUCUGGAGGCCACAUGCAAAUGGCCCAGUCGGUUCUCCAAAGCUCUCCUCCUGAAAUCGCUUCCCGACAGACAACAUUCCUUUUUCGACUGUGGGGCCCAGAAUUGAGCAGCAGACUCCAGUGCCCAGUGAUGUCUAACCCAUCCUGGCUGCCCCCCAAGAACCCCAGCGAGGCCGUGGGCCAUGUGACUGCGAGGAUGGAGACGACCCAUUCCUUUGGGACCCCCAGCAUAUCCAUAUCCACUCAGCAGACCCCAAAGAAGUUUGCUCCAGUCGUGGCCCCCAAGCCAAAGUACAAUCCAUACCGAGCGGCUGAAGGGGAAGGUGACUUCCCGCCACCGCCGCCACCCCCUCCCUCGGAUGAUCUUGGGAAUCCUCUGCCGCCACCACCCAGUGCCUUUCUUCCUCCUCCUCCUCCUCCUAAUCCUGAUGAAGCCAUGUUCCAUGUUCAGGUCAGCGCUGGCGGCAAGACCCUGGAGGAGAGGCGUUCCAGUCUGGACGCGGAAAUCGACUCCUUGACCAGCAUCCUGGCCGACCUGGAGAACAGCUCGCCUUACAAGCCACGGACGCAACAGGGCUCUGGGAUCCCGGGUGGAUCUCCCAUCGCUACGCCUCCAAUGGCCACCCCGGUCACUGGGCACAAGCGCAUGGUCAUCCCGAACCAGCCUCCCCUGACGGCCACCAAGAAAUCAACAUCCAAGCCUGGCGCUCAGCCCAUCCCGGUGACCCCGGUCGGCACCUUGAAACCUCAGCCAGUUCCGGCGUCCUACAGCACAGCUUCCACCCCGAACCGCCCGACCUUCAACGUGCAAGUGAAGUCGGCCCAGCCGGCCCCCCACUUCCAGCCACCAGCCCCCCAGUAUAGCAGUCUGGCCCCCAACCAAGCGCCUCAACCUGUGUCUUCUCUGGGUCCAGCGCCCUACGUGCCGUCUCAGCCCCGGGCUGCGGAUUAUGGCUACGCGCCCCAAACUGCCCCUCACCCUGAGCCAAGCUAUGGGUACGGGGGCCCCCAGGGCCGCUACCAAGAGCCGGCCUACCCCGGAGGCUACGGAGGGAGGAAUGGCUCAGAUCCAUCCUAUGUGCCGCAAAAUGCCUGGAAGCCCGAGGCCACAUACCCUUCUCCCGGGUCUGCCGCCCUGAAUCCCGCAGGGCAGUACCCGUCGUCCGGAGCCAAGAAAACCUACAUCACAGAACCGGCCGCCGGGCCUCAGCCCCCUCUGCUGCAACCAAAGAGUGGACAUGGCGGUCCCAACCCUGCUUCGAGUGCUCCUUUGUUUAGACCGGAGGAUGAGCUGGAACACCUGACCAAGAAGAUGCUGUACGACAUGGAAAACCCACCUUCCCAGGAAUACUUCGGUCGCUGUGCCCGCUGCGGGGAGAACGUCGUGGGGGAAGGAACCGGCUGCACCGCGAUGGACCAGGUCUUCCAUGUGGAGUGCUUCACCUGUGUGACCUGCGGCAACAAACUGCGGGGCCAGCCCUUCUACGCGGUGGAGAAGAAAGCCUAUUGCGAGCCCUGCUACAUCAGCACCCUGGAGCAGUGCAGCGUCUGUGCCAAGCCCAUUAUGGAGCGGAUUCUGAGAGCCACCGGCAAGGCCUACCACCCUCACUGCUUCACCUGCGUGAUCUGCCAGCGCAGCCUGGAUGGGAUUCCCUUCACUGUGGACGCUGGCGGAAACAUCCACUGCAUUGAGGAUUUCCACAGAAAAUUCGCUCCCCGCUGCUCUGUCUGCAAAGAGCCCAUCAUGCCCGCGCAAGGCCAGGAGGAGACUGUCCGCAUUGUGGCCUUGGACCGUGACUUCCAUGUGGAAUGCUACCGCUGCGAGGACUGUGGGGGCCGCCUGUCCGAAGGCGACAACCAGGGCUGCUACCCCCUGGACGGCCACAUCCUCUGCAAAAUGUGCAACUCUGCCCGGAUCCAAGCCCUGACGGCAAAGUCGAGCACUGACCUCUGAACGCCCCCGGGAGCCUCGCGCCACCCUCGCUCUCUCGCACAGCUGGAAGGCCUUGGGGACAAGCAGAGCGGCUUGCUGGGGGCUCCACAUCAUGGCGUCCCCCCCCCCAUGUCUACACUACAGAUUUAGCUCUUUGAGCCUGCAAUCCCUCUUUGCAAGGCACCCUGGGAAAUGCAUGUCCUCUGGGGUUCUUUCCGAGAGAGGUCUCGGGAAACACCCCCGCGAAACUACAGUUCCCAGGAUGCUUUGAGGAAUGCCAUGACAUUUAAACCAGUAUGAAACUGGUAGGUGUUUGUAGUGCAGAUUAACCCCUCGAGUCCUCGGUUGUCUCCAGGUCCUUCUAGUUUCAUCUCUUCUAAAUCCAGAAACCCAUUAGCCUUUCCUAUGUGUUUUAUCCAUUCUGACACCUCCAGCCACAAAUGCUUAUGCCUUUUUCUUUUCUUCUUCACAUGAGCCAUCAGAUUCUGAGCUUCUUUGCACAUUAAUAUACCCGGGGUGGGGGGUGGGGGGCAGACGGACGGGGACACUUUAUAUCUAGUUCUAUAGCCUCAUACGAUAAAGUAUUGCAAUAUUUCACUAGUGCCUUAAAGACAACUAUGCAGAGUAAGGAAUUAGGGCAGCGAUUCAGGGAUGGGAAAGGCGAUCAGGGAAUCUGUGGGUGCUUGCGAGGGAAUGUGUCUGGCAGAGCCAGCCUAAACUGUGCCCACGCCUAAACUGUGCCCACCUCUGUUCAGUGGCGGAGAUUCAUGCUCUGGCACCAGGGGUGGAGAGCAAGUCGGGGCAUGGCACCCAGCGCCGGGGGGGGGGGGGCAGCCGCGAUGGCACCCCACCGGGAUCAUGGUGCCGGGGGUGGUGCGCUCCCCCCGCCCCCCUCUUCCUCCGCCAGUGCCUCCUUGGACCCAACUUGCUGGGUUUUCACGGCCAAAAUACAGGUUUCAGAGCCGAAACCACAAGCACACCAUUUACUGUAAUCUCCACCUGCAAGGGGAAAAAAAGGUUUCAGAGGGGAAGGUAAAAAGGACCUCUGGACAGUUAAGUCCAGAAACAUACGCUCACACUACAGCUGGAAGAAAAAUCUCGCACAGAUUUGAUACGCAGCAAUUCUUUAGGACUGAAAUUUUGCAAAUUCCAAAGUCCCUGAGAGACACUUAACUUGUCGUAAGCCUUGUAGGGCAACAGUAUUAAGUAUGGCACCUGCCAAGUGCAGUGACUUAUGCCCCCUGCCUCCUCCUCCCCCAAAAAACCCCCUCUAUAUAUCCAAACACUAACAAAAGAAAUGUUUGAUCCUUGAGGUUCAAGUUGAAUUAAACACAUUCACCAAUUAGAAAGAUAAAGAGGGCGAUGUUCCAACUUCAAAUAUCUUUCUCCCCAUUGGGUUCAGGAGCCCGGUACUGGAACUGGGAAGAGGAUCCUAGCAAAGAAGGGGCAUCGUUUUGGUCGAGGUGCUGUCCCCACAGACCCUGAGUGCGCUGUGUGCAGGGCCAAUGCUGCGGCGGCACCUCCCUGCCCCACUUGUGUCUGUGUUGCAGAGGACCAAGGGGUCAGUAAAGACUAUGUCCUCAGGCACGUGUAGCUUGCAGGGACAUCUCUCCCUUGGUUUGAAAGACGAACACCCCCAGCUAUAGGAGGUGGGAAGUGAAAGUAGCGCCCUGAGGGUGAUCUCCUGUCCAGAAGUUUGCGACUGGGGUUGGACAGAGUGUUGAGGUCCCUUCCAACUCUACAGUUCUACAUCAGCUAGCUGUGCGCUACAACCUAGCAGUUCGAAAGCACGCCAGUGCGAGUAGAUAAAUAGGUACCACUGCGGCAGGAAGGUAAAUGGCAUUUCCAUGCACUUUGGCUUCCUUCACAGUGUUGCGCCAGAAGAGGUUUAGUCCUGCUGGCCACAUGACCUGGAAUAACUGUCUGUGGACAAACGCCGGCUCCCUCGGCCUGAAAAGCGAGAUGAGCGCUGCAACUCCAUAGUCGCCUUUGACUGGACUUAGCCAUCCAGGGGUCCUUUACCUUUUUACCUGCACUAUAGCAGUCGCUUUCAACCUCUCUCCCAGAGACCCAGGAGUUUUUGAGGGAUCUUUGGAUAGGAAGGCCGGUAGCGGCAGCUGAGCAUCCGAGAGGGAAGGUCGGUCUGUCAUCUCUACACCCCGCCCCCCCAGAGCAGCCUAGUUGGUGUUGCAAGCAGAGGUGUCCCCUGGGGUUUACCCCAGAGCCCACUGCAAUUGGCAGAUGGGGUCUUCUGCAAAUAAGUCAAUGUGGGCAAAGGUUUGAAAUCUCUGCCCUGCAGCAAAACGCUAUAACCUCAGCAACGGGGUCGCUCCCCUUGCCAUAAACUCCAUAGCAAGGUAACCCCCCCUCCCCACCUGGAGAGCUGAUGGGGGGCCACCUCGGACAUGGUCCCUCUGGGAACAAGGACAGCAGGGGGAGGAGAGAUCACCCGUCUUCACAUUUCAAAAAAAAAUGGCAAUAGGUUUCCUUUGGCUAAAGUCAAAAUGUGGAUUUAAGUGGAGAUAAGAACAAGAGGCUGUUCCACACAAUGUUUUAUAAUUCAAUCAGAUUGCAGGAAGGUUAUCCUCUAGCUCAGGGGUCCCCAAACUAAGGCCCGGGGGCCAGAUGUGGCCCAAUCACCUUCUCAAUCCGGCCCGCGGAUGGUCCGGGAAUCAGCAUGUUUUUACAUGAGUAGAAUGUGUCCUUUUAUUUGAAAUGCAUCUCUGGGUUACUUGUGGGGCAUAGGAAUUCGUUCAUAUUUUUCCCCAAAAUAUAGUCCGGCCCCCCACAAGGUCUGAGGGACAGUGGACCGGCCCCCUGCUGAAAAAGUUUGCUGACCCCUGCUCUAGCUGAACUGGGGAGCCGGGAUCCUUGCACCUCUAGAGCUAGCUUAUCAGGGAGAAGGCUAAGUGAGGACCCUGACAGACUAACUUUCUUCUUGCAGGGAUGCAAGCCCAACAAUCCUCCUGUUUCAGCGCUUAGACGUUCCUCUCUCUGGAGAAGAGCAGGGCAGCGUUUCAGCCUGCUAAGGAGCUGAAUCCUUACCGAGAAAUGUAGUAAAUUAAGCGGAGUGCAAUCGGGUGUUACGCUCAUAGGGCUUAGUCACCAUAGCAGAGUAUAUUUAUUACAAAGCUUUAUUUAACCUAUUGCAAAGAAAACACACCCACACCUCUCUUUUUUUUACCAAAGAGACCUUGGCCACGAUCUACUAGGAAUGCCUUUUGCAUGAGCCCUGCAGCAAGGAAGUAGAGCCCCAGGGCAUUUUGUUGGUGUCCAUUCAGGAGAUGUUUCUAGUGGAUUGGGCCCCUGGGUGGUGAUGGUUGUUUUCCCCUAAAGUAUGCAAUAUUUUUUAUUCCUGAAAAGUUUCUAACCUAAGAUUACCCUGCACCUUUCCCCCAAAUAUAUAGGAUUUAUAUAUAAAUUUAUAUAAAAAAUUAUAAAUGUAUGUAUGCUUAAUAAGAAAUAUAUAUGUCUACCAUUUUGAUUAAACUUUUUAUAUGUGUAAGUUAGGUCGAGAUGAGCCAAGGGCCGUGGGAACGCCCUUUGGAUGUUAGACGUUCUUGCGGUUGAGCUGGUGCCUGAACAAUUGCACUCUUAGUUUUAAGACAAAUACUUAGCAAUCUGUAGACUUAACCCUUGUUCCCACCAAUAAUCAGUAGCAAACCUCAAAAGGUCUGUAUGGUGACACACACACACACACACACACACACACACACACACACACACCAUACAGACCAAGUUUAAAAGAUUUGCAAUCACCACUCCUUUGCAAGACCCUUUGAAGCAAAAAGGGUCAGGAUGAGAAUUUUCUCUGCUGUUAGACUGCCUUUUUAUUUUAUUUUAUUUUGCUUCAUCAUGCACACUCGUUGGAAGGAAGUAUUGGUUGUGCCGUAACCCUAAUUCCAGUUAUUUGGACGUGGAGCCAAAAUUAGAUUUAGGAGAGAGGUUUCUGAAGCUCAAGGUGCUGGCCAGGAUUCCCCCAUCAGCUGCGCUUAAGGUAGGAUGGGAUCCACUAUAAAGGAAAUCCGCUUGGGCCAACUCUCGCCCUCCCUCAUCCAGGUGUUUUGGACCAUGUGUCCCGUCGGCCGAAGCCAGCACACCUUGUAAUCCAAAACAGCUGAAGGGAGGCCAGUUUAAGGAAAAGGCUGGAUUCAUGGAGAGAUGUGAGCCUAUGGCUGCUCAGUGGAGCCUCCAUGUGCAAAGGCAGUGUACCUCUGAACUCCAGAACGGGGAGCAUUUUUCUUUCUAGUGCCUCUGAUAUAUUAUUUGCACUCAAUUCUUUUCCUUUUUUUUGCCUUGGCUGCUCAGAGGUAAGUCCUGCUGCAUUCAGCGGGGCUUACUCUGAGCAAAGUGAGGUUAGGAUUACAGCCUUGACGCAAAGCCAAUGCAGAUUGGCGAUGUCACGGCUUCUAAUGCUGUUUUACCAGCAGGAAAAAGAAAUGCUUUUGUGAACUACGUGACAAUCACAGAUCUCUCCAUCUUCUUUUGCUCUUUCUUUCUUAUGAACAGUGAAGGGACUGGGCGAAUUUCUGAGUUUUGUGUCGCCCAGCACUGCAAGGGGUUCGACUAGAUGGGCCUUGGGGAUCCCUUCCAACUCUACAUUUCUAUGAUUCUCCGAGAAAGGGCACGUAUUUGAAUGCAUAGAAUCGUAGAGCUGGAAGGGACCCCAGUGGUCCUCUAGUCCAGCCCCCCUGCAAUGAAGGAAUCUCAGCUCAAGCAUCCGUGACAGAGGGCCCCCCAACCUCUGCUUAAAAACCUGCAAGGAAGGAGAGCCCAUUUUCCAAGGGAGUCCGUUCCGCUGUCAAUCAAUUCUUAGCGUCUUCAUUCUCCUCCUGCUGCCCAGUACAUAUUUGCCAAAUCCCAUAGUCCCUUCAUUUCAUAUGAAGGUCAACUGCAGACGCCCUGAGAUGCUAAUAAUGUCCUCAAACAAGCGGCAUCCUUUGGCCCUUUGUGUGGAAUCUCAGGGGCGCUGCUGUGCAUUUCCAGCUUUGAUCGGUCAGGCUUAGAAGGGGCCGGUGUGGGGAGGGGGGGUGAGAUCCUGCGAGAGCGUUUGACGGCAGCCACCUGGGAAACCGCACGAGUCAGCUUUUUUUUAGAAAAAAUAAAUAAACCGCUUAUUGUAAUUUGCCAGAUCUGAUGCACAACUGACAGGCAGCUUCCUGCGAGUGGUGGGGUUACAAUAACUCCUGCUGGCCAACCCACCACCAAUGCAGAAGGGGGGACGGGGGACGUAUCUCUAGCCAGGAAUUAUAUUUAGCCUUUUGGUUGCAUAACAGUAGGCCUGCUCCUCUCUCUCUCUCUCUCUCUCCCUCUCUCUCUCUUUCUCUCUCUCUGUCCUUUCCCUAACAGCGCCUGGCCCCUCAUUGAUGAGCAAGCUUUAUUUUUAACAAAAUAAAUCAAAUAUCUGCAUCGGGUGGGUGCUGCAAAUUUCCCGCACACUGAAUUAUUUCUCUCCUUUUGAGACUGAGUGCCUCGCGAGAGCUGAGCUUCCCCCACGCCCCAUACGAUCCGCAGGCAGAAAGCAGGUUGUCGGAAUGUGGGGCAAAGCUGAUUUCGGCGUGCAAAAGUCCUAAAUAUUUUAUCUUUGACAGGCUGUUGGGUUGUUGUUUUUUAGGGGGGGGGAGCUGUUAACAUAGAAUCACAGAAUUGUGGAGUUGGGAGAGACCCCCCCAAGGUCAUCUAUCCCAGUCCCCUGCAAUGCAUGGAACUUUUAAAUGCCCAUGCUAUUUUAAAAUGUUUAAAAAGAGGGGAGGGGGCGGACUUAAUAGCUUCCCCCCCAAAAAAGCAAGUUUAGACUUAGAAUGUUAAGUUAAACAAUACUGCAUCUGGCCACUUUCUGCAGCAGGUUAAAAUGAAAAAGUGAAGUGAUCUGGAUUUAAUCAAAAAUGAUUCUCGGGCUGGUGAAGCUAUGCCCCGUCAGUGCCACCUCGUUAAGUUUUCUGUUAAAAAUAAUGAUGAUGCAAACCGGGGGGGGGGGGGCAUGGAUUUAAAACAAGUGAAUAAAACCAGUUGCAGACAGGACAGUACUGAAAACCCCACUGAGAGAGAGAAAUCAAAGCAGCGGGUCAGGAUAAUUCUGUUUGAAUUCCCGUAAGAUCUUCCUAGAAAUCAAGUUUCUACCCUCUUGGGCCAGCAAAUAAAUGGGAACACUGUACAGAUGGUGCUCCCUGAAGAGGAUUUUCUGUGCCUAAAUGUCACACUAGAAGAAAUUCUUGUAUUCUUUGUGCCUUUGACUAGGAAGAAGAAAACUCCCAGUAGAGAUCCAUCCUUUUUUCUUUUUUUUUUUUUUACUGAGCUAUGGGCUGUUGUCUAACACAAACAUAGAAUCAUAGAAUCAUAGAGUUGGAAGAGACCACAAGGGUCAUCCAGUCCAACCCCCUGCCAAGCAGGAAACGCCGUCAAAGCAUUCCUGACAUAUGCCUGCCAAGCCUCUGCUUAAAGACCUCCAAAGAAGGAGACUCCACCACACUCCUUGGUAGCAAAUUCCACUGCCGAACAGCUCUUACUGUCAGGAAGUUCUUCCUAAUGUUUAGGUGGAAUCUUCUUUCUUGAAGUUUGAAUCCAUUGCUCCAUGUCCGCUUCUCUGGAGCAGCAGAAAACAACCUUUCUCCCUCCUCCAUAUGACAUCCUUUCAUAUAUUUGAACAUGGCUAUCAUAUCACCCCUUAACCUUCUCUUCUCCAGGCUAAACAUACCCAGCUCCCUAAGCCGUUCCUCAUAAGGCAUCGUUUCCAAGCCUUUGACCAUUUUGGUUGCCCUCUUCUGGACACGAUCCAGCUUGUCAGUAUCCUUCUUGAACUGUGGUGCCCAGAACUGGACACAGUACUCCAGGUGAGGUCUGACCAGAGCAGAAUACAUAGAUAAGGUUGUUUCGAGACCUAAGCCAGAAUUUCUCUGAACGUGUUUUUUCUUGGGGGGAAUACUUAGAUUUCUCCACCUUGCAGUGUUGUCUCCGCCGUUUGGCAUUUCCGUUUCCCCAGGCCUAAAAACAAGUCUGAGAGACCGCCCUGAGUUUCCAGGAGACGCACAUGGAGACACAUGGUGCUCCACAAAUUUAGCAGGCCUGUUCCUAGAUUCUCAACCCUGCAAGGCAAUGCGCUGUGGAAGGAAAUGGAUGAGUCCUUGUCCCAAACAUCAAGUGCAGAGAGGACUCUUGUGCUCGGAUCCUGCUUGCAGUUUUCCCACAGGUAUCUCGUUGGCCGCUGUGAGAAUGGAUUUGUUUAAUUUAUUGAUUCAGUCCAUUUAUAUACCACGCUUUAUCAAAAGAUGUGUGCAACAUUAGAAACACAUUGCAAAACUUCCAUGAUAAAAGCACAGCUAAGCCUCUCCCUCUUUUUCAUUAUCCUGCCCGGGGAUUUGUGAACCUAAUGCACGUAUAGCCAGAGAGUUGCGUGCAUGAAAUAUUUAGGUUCUACUAUUUCUGGGGUUGUUUUUGGAUUUUGCAUUUGUGGGACCCCUUUUAAACAUCUUCAGAGAGGCAGGGGUUGAAUAAAGAGCAUGCUUGCAAUAAGGCGGCUGGAAUUCUUACUUGUGGAGAAUAUCCUUGGAUGGGGUGGGGUGGGGGGUGGAAUAACACUGCAUAUGCCACAAUCCUAAUUACUAAAAUUAAUCUGUGUAAUCCAAGAAUGCACACAUGUUAAGGAGCAUUAGAGGAGAAAUUAAUAUUAUGGUUUCAGUGUGGAGAACAGGAAGCAGGACUAGAUGGGUCUUGGGCCUGAUCCUGCAGGCUGCUUUUAAGUUCUUCUGUGCAAUCCAGAGGAAGGUUCCUUGCACCAUCGCCCGUGAAAUGUUAGUUGCUCACGAGCUGCCCCGGGUUCGUGCAAGAAAUCAUCUUCCUGCUGCAUCCCACCCCAAUACAUUUCAGGCAUGUCUACGUAACAUAACAACAACAACAACAACAACAACAACAACAACAACAACAUGAACAACAACAACAAUUUAUUAUUUAUACUCCACCCAUCUGGCUGGGUUUCCCCAGCCACUCUGGGCGGCUUCCAACAGAACAUUAAAAUACAAUAAUCUAUUAAACAUUAAAAGCUUCCCUAAACACCAGAUCCUGUUGGAUCCUGCCAGCGAGGGCCUAUCUAUUCAUUUAUUUAUUUCCAAAAAUUCAUACACUGCUUGCUUGUGGGAAGAGCGUCAAAGCAGCUUACAAAAAGAUGAAACAAUAAAAUCGCCAGGGAGAAACUCCCACCAUCAUUGUUGUUGUUGUUUAGUCGUUUAGUCGUGUCCGACUCUUCGUGACCCCAUGGACCAUAGCACGCCAGGCACUCCUGUCUUGCACUGCCUCCCGCAGUUUGGUCAAACUCAUGUUGGUAGCUUCGAGAACACUGUCCAACCAACUUGUCCUCUGUCGUCCCCUUCUCCUAGUGCCCUCAAUCUUUCCCAACAUCAGGGUCUUUUCCAAGGAUUCUUCUCUUCUCAUGAGGUGGCCAAAGUAUUGGAGCCUCAGCUUCACGAUCUGUCCUUCCAGGGAGCACUCAGGGCUGAUUUCCUUAAGAAUGGAUAGGUUUGAUCUUCUUGCAGUCCAUGGGACUCUCAAGAGUCUCCUCCAGCACCAUAAUUCAAAAGCAUCAAUUCUUCGGCGAUCAGCCUUCUUUAUGGUCCAGCUCUCACUUCCAUACAUCACUACUGGGAAAACCAUAGCUUUAACUAUACGGACCUUUGUCGGCAAGGUGAUGUCUCUGCUUUUUAAGAUGGAACAAAAGGUUAAAAUGGAACAAAAGGUUAAAAUACCAAAACAAGUUAAAGCUCACGCCAACUUUCAAAGCAACUGGGAACAUUUUUUUCCGCAGGCACCAGAAAGAAUGUAGAGAAGGCGCCUGCUAGAUAUCAAUAGGUAGGGAGUUCCAAAGUGUAAAAGAUUGAGUUCUUUCAAAUGCAGAACAGGGAAUAGGGUCAGUUUGGUGAUCUCUCCGGUAAACUGGUGUCAAGUUGUUAAGUCCCUCAUCCUGUUCUCACAGUGGCCAAAGAGGGAAAUCUGCAAUCACGAUUCAAACACAAGACCCCUAGUUUUCAGCAACUGGGAUUCCGAAGCUGUAAACAAAGAUUGUUGUUCAGUUCGCAUGAGAUGGGCAAAGGGUUUGUUUGUUUGUUUGCUGCGAGAAACGAGUUCCAACUGCCGAUUUUUAUUUUUAUUAAAAAGGAAGAGCACAGGCCAGCCAUUUUUCAUGUUUAGGAUUUCUCUCUCUCCCUCUCUCUCCCUCCCUUUUAUCUCUAGCAUCUUCUCAUAAAACUUAGGCAUGAGAAAAAUGCUUUAAUGUGGAACAUUCCGUGAACUGAACAUCUCAUAACUCCUGUGCAAAUAUUGGCUUGAGCUUGUGGCUCCAGCUGGAGGCAGCAGCCCUGAUGUUAUUUCUGCGGGGAGGGGGGGAGUUAGGAAGUUUGCAUUAGACAUUAAAAGUGGGGGGGAAAUACCCAGUGGAUAUAUCUCCUCUUGCCAUAAAUAGAGUCAAAACAUCUCUAUUUGCAGCUGUGUCUUUAAAAAGCAUGAUUCUCUUGCUGGGGGAAAAGUGAGAAGGUGGUUGUUCUCUCUUCCCACCCCCAGCUGCUAUUGAUGGGGCUGUGUGCAAUGGUUAGGCAAGGACUGGAUAGCCCUUGUGGUCUCUUCCAACUCUAUGAUUCUAUGAUUCUUUCUAAUUCCUAGUUCCCUUUCGCAGCUCAAAUCCAUCUCCCAGGUAGUUGUUUCAUUGCUUUCCAAUAUACAGUUGUACCUUGGAUCUCGAAUGCCUUGCCAGUCAGACGUUUUGGCUCCAGAACACCGCUAACCCGGAAGUGAGCGUUCUGGUUUGUGAACGUUCUUUGGAACCCGAACGUCUGACGCGGCUUCCGAUUGGCUGCAGGAGCUUCCUGCAGCCAGUUGGAAGCUGCGCUUUGGUUUCCGAACGUUUUGGAAGUCGAACGGACUUGCGGAAUGGAUUCCGUUCGACUUCCGAGGUACGACUGUACAUGCUUUGAAUCACCAAAUCUACAGCGGUUACAGUGAGUUUAUGUGUGUGCAUAUUUUAAAAUCUAUUAUUAUUAUUAUUAUUAUUAUUAUUAUUAUUAUUAUUAUUCCAUGGUUAUAAGAUGAAUAGAAAACUCCAAAGUUGCAAUAUAAGUAUUUUAGUCUAAGAUGGACAGGCAGCCCUUGGUUCAAAUCUCACCUGUGCCAUGAGUCCAAAAAAUGUAGUAUAAACACCGACAACUGGGAAACACUGGCCUGUGAGCGCUCCAAUUGGAGAACAUCCUUUCCCAAAGGUGUCAUGGGCUUUGAAGACACUCGAACUCAGGACCAAAGGGAGAAACAUGCUAAGAGGAAGGCACACUUCGCAAACUCUCACCAGGAUCAGCCCCCCCCCCCUGGAACCCUAUGUCCGCUUUGUGUUGGCCUCCACAGUCACUUAUGGACUCACUGUUAAGAAGUGUGCAUGCACACGAAAGCUCACACCAGUGACAAACUUAGUUGGUCUCUAAGGUGCUGCUGGAAGGAUUUUAUUUUUAUUUUGUUAAAACCUUGUUUAUGGAAGACAAUCUUACUCGGCUACGAGGGAUCACCAAAGAAGAAGAAGGCAGUCACUAGUACUCACUACUCUCUCAGCGUCAUCAACCUUGUCCUGCACACACACACACACACACACACACACACACACACACACACACACCAGCACACUGGCCUGUCUUCCAGAAAACUCUUGAGAAAAGUGAGAUUUAGGACACCAGAAUGAUCUGGGCUGCUGCUUUCUGUCACACAAAGACCAGCGCUCUUCCACUCGGUUAUUGCGGCACGAGGAUUACUUACUUGUAAAGUGUGCACACAGACUGGGGGGACGAUCGUCCCCCCCCCCUUAAACUGAGAGUACUCCUAGCAUAUUUAUAAAAGAUAUAAAAAUGAGAUGAAUUACUAUUUUGUAUGCCUGUUCUCUAUCGCUACCCUUCCCUGAACCACAGAAUCCUGAUUCACCAGCAUAAACUUUUGUAUUCGACAGACACAAAGUGCCUUGUCGCUAUUUUUUAGGAGCAAUCAAAGUAUCUCAAGCAUAUAUUUUCUGUACGUUGUUUUUGUAUACAAUUAUACAACUAUGUGCCUUUCUGCCUUUUCACUCUGCUCUUUGGGUUAUUAUUCUUUUGUUGCAUCCUUUUAAAAAAAGAAUCAAGUAAUACUUUCCGAAAGAAAGAAAGAAAUCCUCUCUUUUUGUAAGAAUAAAAAUACACAGCAUUUUCCGAA